AAUAGAACGAAGGUUUUUCUCUGCGACGGUAUAAGAAGAAGAAAAUCUCCGGGCUAAAGGAGGAGAAGGAGAUAAAGAAGCUAUGACGACAAUGAGUCUUCGCAAGCAAAACACCAGGCUCCCGCCGGAGGUUAAUCGCGUGCUCUACGUUCGGAACCUUCCGUUUAACAUAACGAGCGAGGAGAUGUACGAUAUCUUCGGCAAGUACGGUGCGAUUCGCCAGAUUCGGAUCGGCUGCAACAAGGACACCAAAGGCACGGCCUUCGUUGUUUACGAGGAUAUCUACGAUGCCAAGAACGCCGUCGACCAUCUCUCCGGCUUCAACGUCGCCAAUCGCUACCUCAUCGUGCUCUACUACCAGCACGCCAAGAUGAGCAAGAAGUUCGACCAGAAGAAGAAUGAAGAAGACAUUGCCAAGCUUCAGGAGAAGUAUGGUGUCUCUACCAAAGAUAAGUAACCUGUGUCCUCCUCGAUUCGAUGGUCGUCUUGCGAUUUAGGGUUUUUAAUUGGGGUUUAAUCCUUGUAUUGUUUGGCUCCUUUAUCCGUUAUAUCGACCAAGCAAUGAAAAAGUAUCUCUUUUUAACUCCAAUUAGCUAUUUCUGUUACGAAAUUUUGUGCUUUGAUGCAGUUGUCGAUGUUUGAUAAACAACCCUGUUUGAAGUCUUAUCAAUUUGCUUAGAUUUUGACCG